AUGAUACAGGGAUAUAUGAAUGACUCUCAGAAUGAACCAUUGAUAGUUCAUGGAGAGUCUGGUUCAGGUAAAACGUCUAUCAUGGCAAUGGCGGUGAAAAAUGCCUGGAGUACUGAAGUUCACCGAAAUACAAUACUAAUACUACUAAAAGUCUUUAGAUUUUUAGGAACUACUCCCGAUAGUUCCAACAUUGGAAGUCUGCUUCUGAGUGUUAUUAACCAAAUAAGAACUGUUUAUAAUCAGGAUCCUGUUAAAAGUGGAUUGGUAAGGCUUUUACUAAAUGGUUUUGUUGUAGCCAAACAGAAAUAUGAAGAUGAUACAGAUAUUUGUUCUAUUUGCGAUGCCCUUCAACUAUCACAAAAAGCGCUUCAAUAUAAUCCUCAAGAACUUUCAUCAGUUGCUGGGAAGACUUCUACCUACUCAGGGUCUCGAGAAAUUGUUAUAAGAUUUCUCAAUAACUUUUGUAAAUCGUUUCAGUUCAUAUGUGACUUUCUCUGUAUCCACAAUUUAGAAGGAACUCGUCAUCUUAUUGCUAAUAGUGAAAGUGUCAUUGUAUAUAAUGCCAAAACAUUACAAAUAGAAAAAUCAUUUGAAGGACUUUUACCCUGGAAGGCGGGAAAAGGUAUUCAAGUAUUCCCUUCUAAAAGAGAAAAGGUUCACCAGAUUCUAUGUGACGAGGAAUACAUUAAUCAUUAUAAAGGCCUCUUUCUACAUGAUAUAAUUGAAACGAAACUGUUAGAUAAAACUACAUUACUGUCAUUACACUACCAUGAACUUGUUCGAGUAUUUAAUUUUGAAACCGGUAAAUAUCCAAAUACUUGUCUUUAUCCAUAUAAAGGUACUUUAUUGAAACGGCUAUUUGGUCAUACCAUACAAAUGAGUGUCAACAAAAAAAGUAUUUUCUUCAUCACAUAUGCAAAUGAUGAACAAACUGAAAAUGCCAUUCGGGUUUGGGACAAAGAAACUUACGAUUGCUUGGCAUCGUAUUGCAUGGACUUUGAAGUCAAUGGUGGAAAAAAUGAUAAAUAUAAACCACACGAACCACUUGAUCGGUAUGAGAAACUUUUAUAUCACACAGAUGUGAUUUAUGAAAUAAUAAUACCCUAUGCAGAUGCUGGAGCACCAAACGAUGAUGAUGAUGAUGAUUCUACAUAA